CCGCAGCUGCCUGUCAGGAGGUUCAGUACAAUUAGAAGCUGCUCCAAGUAAGUUGAAGCAAUGAGCCAACUAAAGGGAAUCGUCUUCAUAUCUUUACUCUGUGUGCUGAGUGCACUGGCUGCCGAUUGGACGGAUAUUUGUGCCUUUGAAGACGAUGGCACUCGUUUACCUUUGCCCCUCGAUUGCAAACGCUAUGUGCUCUGCUCGGAUCGCGAGAUUGCCGCCAUACGCAGUUGUCCACGUGGCCUGCACUUCAAUCACAAGCUGGGUGAAUGUGAUUUCCAAUGGCGUGCAGACUGCAGUGGACUCUCGCUUUAUGCCAAUGCCGAUAGCGAUGAUGAUUGUGUAUGUAGUUGCUGUGCUGAUGAGUGUCAGGCGAGUGAUCUGAUCGAGGCCACAACUCCUUGUCUGCCUGUGGAGGAGACUACAGUCAACACGGAGACAACACCCGCAGACAACACCGACAGCACCUUCGAUGAGGGAGAGGACACCACAGGAGCUCCUAACACAGACUCCACUUCUAGACCUACCACAGAUUCAACUACCUCUAGACCUACAACAGAUUCAACAACUUCUAACACAGGUUCUACCUCAAGACCCAACACAGAUUCGACUACCUUAAGACCAACCACAGACUCAACUACCUCAAGACCUACCACAGACUCAACUACUUCAAGUGGCUCAUCCACCAGCAGCCCCAUAGUGCCCUCCUAUUGCAGCGACAAGCGUCCCAAUUGUGCCAAUGAAUUGGAUGGCGCCCGAGUGCCCAUUGAUGGCGUCUGCACCAGCUAUUUGCAAUGUAGUCACGGCUGUAGCUACGAACAGCCAUGUCCCAGUGGCCUGUACUUUGAUCCUGAUACCGAGAUGUGCGACUACUUCUGGAAUGUGGAGUGUGAGCCCAACGACACUGAGGAUGCAACUGGCGGCGAAAUCGCCGGACCCUCUGGCACCACUUGCACUGAUCAGAGUGUUUGUGCCGGUCAACGCGAUGGUAAAAUGUUUGCUAAUAACGAGACAAAUGGUUACUUUGUCUGCCAGUGUCAAUGUCCAAUUGCCAUGCCCUGUGAUGCCAACACAAAGUUCAAUGAGGAGGCGCAGGUUUGUGACUGGGAUCGCACUUCUUCUGCUACGGCGAAUGUUAUAUGCCCCGAUGGUUUGGUCUACAAUGCAACCUCCGAUCAGUGCGAUUAUCCCGAAGGUUAUGUACCGGAAGUUGUGUGCGAUAAUGAUGCCACCGUGUGUCAGAACCAAACAGAAGGCGCUCUAUUCCCCAUUGAGGGUGUUUGCAACAAGUUCUACAAAUGCAACUUCAAUUGUGCCGUAGAACAAUCUUGUCCCAACAAUUUGCUCUAUGAUUCUGUGAAAGAGCUCUGCGAUUAUCCGCAGAAUGUUUACUGUGAGUGGCCCUAUACCCCACCGUCGGGACCCACUGCUGGACCCUCGGGUAUUUCCUGUGAGAGCAAUGGUCGUUGUCUCGGUGAAAGAGAGGGCGUGUUUUUCCCCUCCUUGACCAGCUGCAGUGGCUAUAUUGUCUGUCAGUGCGAGUGCGAGGUUGAGAUGCAGUGCUCUGGUGAUCUCUACUGGGAUCAGACGCUUAAGACCUGUAACUAUGCCAAUAAGGUCAAUUGUACCUUGUAAAGUUGGAUGUUUACAUUAAUAAAACUACAAUGUAUAA